AUGUUCUCCUGCAAGCUGCUGUCUGUUUGUUCUAUAGCUGCCCUAUGUGUUAUUCAGGCUGUUGCGGCACCCUCUUCGUCAAAUGAUCCCUUUCGCAACAUAGCACUCCAGAAACCGAGGCGUGCUGAACCCUCGGUCUGCUGUCUGACGCCCCUCGAGCCGCGCGACACGACCUCGCAGGAUGAUGUACUGCUGUCAUUCGAAGACUGGAAGGCGAAGAGACUGGGAGAGGCCGGAGACCCUGUGCCAAGUUCAUCUUCUCGUGGAAACAGUCGUAGACAGGGAAAUGCUGGCAUAAACGGCGACGGCGUGCUUCCGCUUGCGAGCGGGGAAGUGGUGGGCACUGGUGGCCCUGACAAGACACACAGUACCGUGUCCAAUGGUUCACAGCAGGACAUUGUCGGUGCCAACCAGCCAGACGACUGGCUGUCACCUCACUUUCGCAUUCCAAUCACUGACCGAUUCAACUAUGCGUCCAUGGAUUGCUCUGCGCGAGUGCACACUGCCCAUCGUUCCGCGAAGUCACCGUCCCUCAUCUUGUCAUCAAAGAAGGACAGGUAUAUGCUCAGUCCUUGCGCCGAACAAAAACAGUUUGUGGUUGUAGAGCUAUGUGAAGACAUCAUGAUUGACACCGUGCAGCUGGCAAAUUUCGAAUUCUUCAGUGGAGUUUUUAAAGACUUUACUGUGAGUGUCUCCAAGACAUACACACCCUCUGAGAAGGGAUGGACGGACGCGGGAACAUACCGAGCCCUGAAUGUUCGAGGUGUUCAGUCUUUCCAUCUUCCGCCUACUCUCCGCGAUUUCUAUCGUUAUAUUCGCGUCGAUUUCCACACCCACUAUGGGAACGAGUAUUAUUGUCCUGUGUCACUGUUGCGGGUGUACGGUCUUACUCAUCUCGAGCAAUGGAAGUGGGGUGAAUGGGAGGCCGAAAGUAGAGCGAGACAUUCGUCCGAGGAAGCUAAUGCUUCUUCCGAAGCUAUCUUGGUGUCUUCACAAGCCGCUCAUAUUCCUGCAGGAAAUUCGCUGUUCAAUGUCGUGGAUACGGAAAGAGGCACACCUCAGUUCAUUACAAAGGCCGUAAUAAAAGACACACAAAGCAGCGUCUGUGACCCUUCAAGCCACGAUCUGUUGUCUGACUCGAUGCAUGUUCCUACCAUCACAUCUCAACCACCCGCACAAUUCUCAGACAAUUCCGCUCACCACGAUGGACUGACAAUAUCGUCGCGGAGUGGAGAAACGGAAACUAUGAAUAUUGAUGACCAUAACUUAUCCCACUCAGAAAUAUCUUACGACGGACACGCCUCCACGGACACGCCACUUGAUGCGUCGGCAGAAACGUUAACUACAUCAUUGCCUGCUUCCUCCUCUACGUCUGCCAUCGACUCUCAAGACCCUUCGCUGAGCGAUACCACUACGUUCCCAACGAACUCUACUUCGCACCACUUGAGCCGCGGGACCACUCGAGCCUCUUCCGUGUCUUCUCCUUCUCUCCCCUCUCAGUACCCCUCCCAUCCUGCUCCGCCGCCGGUAACUGGCGGUGAGUCUAUCUACCGGACAAUUAUGAAUCGUUUGACAGCACUCGAGGCAAACACCACCCUCUACGCUCGAUAUGUGGAAGAGCAGACUGCAGGUGUUCGCGAAUUGUUAACACGACUCGGCGAGGACAUCGGUCGCUUGGAGGGUAUUGGAAAAGCUCAGGCGCAGAUGUACCAACGUUCGAUUCGCGAUUUUGACAGACAGCGCCGACGACUCGAGAACGAACACCGGGAGUUACUUGCCAAGGUUGGCCAUCUCACUGACGAAGUCCUUCUGGAGAAACGUCUUGGUAUAGCACAACUUUGUCUAUUGUUGGCUGUCCUAGUGUUUUUGGCUCUCACUCGUGGCUCUCGUGGCGAGCACUACCGUGUCCCGGCACUCGGACGCCCGCUGACUAUGCGAGACUGGGGCCGUCGGACGUUGAGUCUGAGUGGGGACUGGGUGAAUCGGUUCCGAAGUCGGAGCCCAAGCACUCAAUCCAUUACUUCUCGAACCGCUCGUCCGCUGAAGUCAACUACCACUGAAAAGGUUGAGUUUCCUUCACACGAGGUCCAGACAGAUGUUGAAUCUCCUCGCUACAAACGACCGCACGCCAGUCCAAGCAACCGGAAACUUGGCGUGCGACCACGCACCCCUUCCUCCCAUCGUUUACCAGCUUCUCGCCAUUUUAUUCUUCAUAAUCGCCCCGUCCAUCACGGGGCAAUGCAUUCAACUCCCAUUGCAUUGCCUCGACCAGUCAUGCAACGGUCCAGCUCUGGCGGCAUGGGGCUCGGAUACGGCAGUCCAGCGGCUGUACAGAAGUCUGCCAAGCACUGGGCACGCAGCGCGCAUCUGCACGAGGUCAAGAAUCCGACGACAGGACGGAGUACAGGCGACAACUGUGUGCAGGGAAUUGCAUCCUCGUCGCGCACCGAAUUGGGUCGCCAGUCAGAUGUGGACCACGACUUAUUUGGUCCCCAAGCAGACGUGCUCGUUAAAAGCAGUCAGGGGGAACAGCAUAUUCAUGUCUCCCGAUGUGCACUGCCUCCUCUCUGCAUGUCCGGCGCGCAUGAUUUGUCUACGGGAUGUGUUCAAAGACGGUCUGAAUCAGAUGCCGACGUGAGUGAAGGGGAUGGCUGGGUGGAUACUGACGCGGACGGCUCCGACUUGGAGCUGUGUGGUACAACGCAUGAUGCAUAA